AACUGAACGAUGUAUAAUUUUAUGAUUAAGUGUAAAGCGAUAGUAGUAUAAGUUAAACAUUGGUAGUUAGAUGUGAAAACCAAUUAUAUGCUUACUCAGCAUCUACUGAGCUGUGGUGUCACUUUAUAUUUUAAAAAUGGGUUGUAACUUAUAGAAAAGAUGGGGGCAGAGAGACCAAUGAUGAAUACAUCAUAUAAUUCUACAUGCUAAUCUUCAUCUAUGUGUGUGAUACAUUCAAUGCUGUUCUAGAGUGCAAGUCGUUUGGUAUUGUUAGACGAUGGCUACAGAAUGUGGGGACAUCAGGAAAUAAUUGAAAGAUUACAAACUGUCGUCUGCCAAUAGAAAGAUUUCAGAAGUUGGACAUCUGUUUAGUAUUUUAUAAUUGGAUAGAGAAAAGUUACAAGGACAAUUGAAAGUGCAUAUUGGGAAAUUUUUAGUGUUUAUAAUUAAAGCAUGUUGUUUAAUCAAAGGAAUUAUUUUUCAUUAAUUUUUAGUGGAGGUAGGUUUUAAAUUGACUUAGUAUUGCAGAGAAAACUAUCAGCUAUAACAGAACUAUAGACUAUGCAGACUUUAACAGACUGCAUCAGACAGCAAUAUAUUUUUUUAUUCUAAUGUAACAUUUACAUUUCUAUAGUGAUAAGAACAACAAAUUUAUACAAUAAUUUCACUGCAUUACCGGUAGAUCCUAUAAUAGGAAGCUUCAUCUAAAUAUUGGAUUCAACUCAAACAAAAUUAUAUAUAAAUAGAUAUCAGAACCUGCUAGCUUUGCAAUAUUUAAAGUUCAUUCCACAGAUUUUACUGUCAUCCAUUUUUCGUACUUUUUGAAAAAUAUCACAAUGAAAUUCAGUCAACUUAUUUUUAUCACACAAUUAUGUGUAGUACUUUAUAUGAAAGUGGACAAAGUUAGUUCACUAAAAUCAAAGAAAACAAUUAAAACAAAGCGAUGUAGAUACGUGUUUGUGGUCAAAGAAAUGGACACGUCUAGUUGUCCGAAUGAAAUUACUAGCCAACGUCCAAUUGACAAUGAGGUUAUUACCGAGGACUUUAGAAAUGACAUGCACCCUCGUAAACCUCUUUUCAUAGGAAAUUCAAAUGAUAUGGAGGAUUUAAAUACUCGUCUCCAAAGUAUGGAACAAGAACUGGAUCAUGAAAAACAGAAGAAUAGUAAUUUGAACAUGACAAUUUCUAAACAAGAAAAGUCAUUACAAGAUAUGUACCGAUUUAUUAACAAUAUGAAAAUCGAUCAACAUAAACAAAAACAAAAAUAUAAUGAACUGGAAAAGAAAUUCAUUGGCAUGGAAUUAGACGUUGCAGAAGUGAAUAAUGUACUCACUAAAAGGGGGACCUUAUCAGAAGUUUCUACGGGAGAAACACAGAAAGAAAUUCCCGUACAAAGUGCAGCAAAAACACACAGCUGUGCUGCAUCUAGCCACAAUGCAACAUUUAAAGACUGUCAGGAGGUGUAUGAGAAAGGUUACAAGACGAGUGGAAUCUACCAUAUAACACCACUUUAUUCUUCAUGUUCCAUUCCCGUCUGGUGUGAUAUGGACACACCUCCAGGAGGAUGGUUAGUUAUACAAAAACGAUUUAACGGAAAAGUAGAUUUCAACUUGUUUUGGAAAGAAUAUCGUGAGGGAUUUGGCAAUAUUGCAUCUGAAUACUGGAUUGGAUUAGAUAAUAUGUUUCUGCUUACUAAUCAAGGGCAUUAUGAACUUAGAGUUGACCUAUGGGACUUUGAAGACAACAAAGUUUAUGCAUCUUAUGAAAGUUUUAAAAUAGACGGAGAACGUGACCAGUAUCGAUUGGAAGUGCGAGGAUUUAAGGGCAGUGCUAGGGAUAGCUUAAUUAAACAUAACAAUAUGAAAUUUAGUACCGUUGACAAAGACAACGAUAAAUUUCAUAAUUACAGCUGUGCUAAAGAAUGGCAGUGUGGAUGGUGGUUUAACGCAUGCUAUGUUACGAUACUGAACGGAAAAUAUACAAAUGAUUCCAAUCCAGCAGAUAAAACUAUUUCUUGGAACGAGUGGAAAGGAAAGCAGUUAGCUAAAACUGAAAUGAAAAUAAGACCAAGUAGAACCUAUUAUACGGACUACAAUAACCGUGAAUAAACAAAUAAAUGCUCAAUCAUUUUUUACUAUUAUUUAUUACUGCUAACUUUUUACAAUAUUUUUUUUUCAAUUUAUACAUGUACAUUUUUUCAAUGAAUUGAGCUUAAUCAAAAUAAGCAAGGACAUAGCUUACUGUUAUACAAAUGGGCGCAGCUAAAUGUAGAUUUAGGUUAAAAACAAGGCCAGUUUAUAUAACAACUCAAUAUUUAGGUUAGCAAGUACACUACAUUUAGAUAUGAAGCAUUUCCGGAACUGCAGACAAAAACUAUAAUGUAAUAUAAAACAUAAAAUCUAAUCUCUCGCUAAAUAUUCCAACAUACUAAUAUCAUAAUAUCUUAAUUCAUAAUUUCUAUUUGUAUUAUCAUUGUUUUAUGUUGUAAUCUUGUAUAGAAUUUGUCUAUAAUGCUAAGACUGAUAGUCUGCAAUCUAUUUUUAGAAUUGUCAAGCUGUGAUUUUCAUGAUAAAUGAUUACAAGGGUUUUAAUCACUUAAAAUUCCUUUUACAUAAUUUUUCAAGUUUUCUUUAUGUAACAAAAAAUUAUAGAAUGGGCAAAAAUGCAGACUUUUAGCUGAAACUCUUUCUUUGCUUAUCUGAUGAAAAUUGUCACUCUGUUUUAGGGGAUGGCUAUUUACUUUUGAGACUUUUAAUAUAUAUAUAUAUUCAAUGGUUUUUAACAUGUAUAGGGCAACUGGUUGAAUAUUUUGUUUCAGUAUUUUACAAGAUGAGUUUUUAGCUGUAAAUGUUUCUUAAAUUUCUUAAAAUCUGUGAAAUUUAUGAAAUCAGUGAAAGAAAAACAAAUGUUUAAGUUUCAUUAUUACUCCCAAACUUUAUUCCUCAUGAUAUUGGCAUUUGAAAGAAAUAUUUAUUAAUAAUAAUGAGAGGAAUCAAUUCAGCAACUUCAGAGGAUAUAAAAGAUCCCAAACAACAGUUCUUAAUAAGUCAAGGUUGUUAAAAUCUCCUAUCAUCAUCAUGAGUGAUGCAAAUAAAAUAGAACAUAUAUCAAGUCUAAACUUUAUUUUCAAAACAUGCAUUCCUUUUUCAUCUUUUAAGAAGGUAAGCAACGAACAAUCAGGUAAGUUGCCUGAAAACCAAUUAACCAUUGUAAACAAUAUACUAAAUGUCUAAAUAUUUUAAAGAUGAAUUUUUCAAUGCCAUCACUGAUUCUUUUAACAGAUAUAAGAUUCUUGCACCUUGAAAAAAAUUUAUGUAAUUUUCAUGACAUUAGUAUAUAUCAUCAUUUUGUAACUUGAAUAUAUGAGCAUAGAUUUCAUUGAUAAAUUUCUUGAAAUGUUCAUGGAUAGGAUGUAUAGAAUGUUUUGAUCUGUGCACUAUAUUUUGUGUAUCUCAAAAGUAGUGAUGAACCUUGGAAGAUUUAGAUAUCAAGUUAGUACUGUAGGGUUUUGAUUGUAUUUUAUGCCAUCUUCACCCAAAAACAAUUGAAGUGUAGAUAAGUGAUGAUAUGUUGUUUUAAAUGUAGAGAAAGAGAGGUAUUAUAACAAAUGUGUUCCUUUGUUUCAAUUAACAUUUAUAGGAUAUAAUGUAUUAUGAAUUUUCACAGACCAUCAUUCAUUGCUUUUCAUAAAUAAUUAGUUUCUUUGUAACUUUGUCUACAAAUGUACUAAAAAAAAUAAGUGAAAAAAACGAGGCAAUCCAUUCUUUCUGCCAUCUAGGUAUGUUUGGAUGGCAGGUUUGUGUUUCACAAGAAUAAUUAAUAUUUAUUGUUUAUUACAAUAAAAUAUACAUAACUUAUAAGCUAUAGCUGUGCAUCUACAUUAACAUCAAUUUUCAAACACUUUCAUAUAAUUUAUUUCAAAUUAUUUUCAUUUUACUUCAAGAUACUUUUUUUUUAACUUUAUGGUUGUAAUUGAAAACAACAUAGAUGAGCUUUUCAUAGAGAUAUUUUGAUUAUUUCAUUUAAAGCGGUAUAUGUUUGAAAGUUUCUUUUCAUGCAGAAGUUACUUAAAGGUGAAGAAAUAAAGAUAACAAAUCUCAUUUAACAGAUUAUCAAUUUUGUUUCAUCUUUCAACUCUUCAUUUAUUCCAAAUCAUCUUCAUAAUUAUGGAUAUACCAUUAUAAACAUGAUUAAAAUCUUACUCCAAACUUUUAAAUUCUGACAUUAAUUUUCAUAUUAUUGCUUUAGAUGUAAAAGCUUAUUUAAAGUAUUAUGGCAAGUUUUUUAAAACUCAGAUUCUUCUUUAUAUUUUU